CUAUGAUGUCACAUAUUGUAACUCGAGAAGAUGUAAAUGCAGCAUUAUCUAAUAAAGACCAUCAAAACAAACCAAAUACAAUUAAAAAGAUUAUUUUGCAUUCCAUUAUUGGAGGUCUUGAAUCAUAUGCAAAGGCGCAUGGUAUUCGUGGGGGUGUAAAUUUCCUGUUAAAUUUACUAACAGUAUUCCGGAAAAGAAAAGGAUCUAUAUAUCAUGCGUUUAUCCAUGGAUUUUUCGGAAUGGACGCCGUGCGAUUUGGCGUAGGUUUUGGUGGAUUUUCAUUUUUAUGGAAGCUUAUUAAUAAUGGAUUGCGGUAUAUUCGAAAAAAAGAUGAUCAUUGGAAUGGAUUAAUUGCCGGUUUUAUUGCCGGUACAUCGAUAUUGGCAGAAAAACGCGAGAGAAGAAUUUCUAUUGCGCAACAAUUAUUUGUUCGCGCAUUACAAGCUGUUUAUAAUGCAGGUAGCGCGCGUGAAUAUUUUCGAAUUCCUCAUGGGGAUUCCUUAAUAUUCAUUAUAUCGACUGCACAAGUUCUUUAUGCAUAUACGAUGCGACCUACCACUAUACCAAAAGACUUCUUGAAUUUUAUGAUAGCUACAGCACGUGUUCCAAAAGAAACAUUGAAUAUUAAUCUAUCAUUGAGAAAAGGUUUACCUUUAAAUAAUGAUGAUGCGAUUAACCUCGUUAAAAAAUUUAAUGGAACGAAGAAUGCCCUUGAGAUAGCUUCGAAUUUACCUCCACGACCUGUUGCAAUUCCCUGUGAGCUUAUACAUCCUCAAUUCGAUUCUUGUAUAUAUACAAACAUUGAGCGGUUUUAUCAAGUUUUUAGAAACAUUGCACCAGUAUAUGCUACACUUAAUUUUGUUCCAAUGAUAGCAUUCAAAUCAGCACAAUUGACUGAAGAUCCCAUGGCGCUUAUUAAAAAAAGCAUGUUUAACACGAUUCGGUCAAGCACUUUUAUAUCCACUUUUGUAGCAAGUUAUCAAACACAAAUAUGCUUUCAUCGCAACAUGAUUAAAAUUUUCAAUUUGGAAUGGGAUUCUAAAUACUUAUACUGGCUGGCUGGGCUUAAUUCAGCAUUUGCAAUUUUAAUCGAAAAUAGAAAUACGAGAGUUAAUUUAGCUUUAUAUGUAUUACCCAAAGCCGCAGAAUCCUGGUAUAAAAUUAUGUGUCAAAGAAAUUGGAUAUUUGAAUUACAUAAAACAGCGGAUGUAUGGUUCUUUUCUUUAGCAAUGAGUAUAAUUAUGGCUGCUUAUCAACAUGAACCCGAAAUUUUAAAUCCAAUGGUUAAAACUAUUAUACGAAGAUUUUUCGGAUAUAACUAAAAAAACUUCAAAGUUACCGGUAUAUGCUUUAUAAUAUGAAAACAAAUUAAGAAUUUACAAUUACUAUAGGAGUUUCUUUUUAAGAAAAAAAAAAAACUUAUAUAUAAUAUUUCGCAAAAUUACUUUUACCGAUAGGAUACUUUCAAUUUGCUUUAUUUAUAAGUUGAUUUAUAAUUUUUAUGGAAUUUUUAAAUAAUAUUAAUUUUAUGUUUAUGAAUCAAAACUUUAACAUUGGUUUUGCAAGAAUAAUAAACUGCAUGAUUGAAGGAUAUAUUU